AUGGCUGACGAGGCAAACCGGCCUCUGCUAGCUGCGCAGUCGGGCUCCGAGAGUGUGUCCGACGAACAGCCCAGGCCACCAUAUCAAUUAUCAACAGAGUUAUCGCAUGUUUUGCACCGCUCUGAAGAUAAAUUGAAGGUCUAUAAAACCGAGCAAAGAAUAUCACAAUCUCAUUCAGGCGGGGCUACGAUGGUGGAUGCAGCGAACCGGGCUCUGUUGGAUGAGCAGUCCAGCCCUAUUGAACGUCCCCCGGAGAGAACAUCCGCCGACCAGCCUAGGCCAUCAUAUGAAUUAUCAUCAGAAUCAACACCUCUCUUACGCCGCCGGGAUGAUGAAUUGGUCUACGGGACCGAGCAAGGAUUGUCGCGAUCCCCUUCAGUCGCAUCACAGAAUCCGCCCGAGGAUGGCGCUAUCAACAAGCGGGGCCGUGUACCAUGGCCGACGGUCAUCUCUCUCUCUAUUUUAACAAUCAGUGUUUUGACGAUACUGGUACUUGCCUUUGCUGCUCCGGCGGCGGUCAAAGAAUAUGCGCAACACGCCGCUAUCUUCAAACCGACGGCAGUAUCAAUCGAUUCUACAACACCCGACGGCGUUCGAGCCCGGAUUCAGGGCGACUUCGUUAUGGACUCUGGCCGCGUGAAGAACAAGUCGGUUCGUGGGAUUGGUCGGUUGGCAACAUGGAUUGCCAGGGAAGUUGAGACUGGCCCAUCAAAAGUCGAAGUUUAUCUCCCAGAAUAUGGGAAUGUAUUUGUUGGACACGCAACAUUGCCUUCCAUCAAAGUGAACAUCCGUAACGGCCAUCAUACCAAUAUCGACUUCCUCACUGAUCUAGAGGCUGGUGACAUUCGAGGAAUCCACGCAAUAGCUAUUGAUUGGAUUGAGGGAAGAUUGGGCCGCCUUAGUGUUAAGGGCAAGGCGACAUUGAAUCUGAAGUCUGGCUUGUUCGCUUUAGGAACCCAAGUCUUGACAGACAAUAUCAUUAUUGAAGAACAUGACUUCCCUGCUCUACCAACGAUCAAUAUCCUCAAGCUGAAUGUGCAUGAUGCAAAUGGUGGUGGCAUGGCAGUGGAUGUCUUACUGUCGUCUUUGGUUGAUUCUCCCGUCGCUCUCACUGUUCCUGCUCUCGGGUUUGACAUUCUGGUGCCCAACUGUUCACCUGGGGACCCUUACAUUCUGGUCGCAGAAGCGAAGACAAGCGCGAUAGACGUUCAUCCUGGCCAGGAAACUGCAGUCGGAGUUGAUGGUCUCAUCCAACAGCUACCCGAUGAAUUGAUAUCUACCUGCCCAGGACGGGAGGGUUCUCCUCUGGAUCUUUUAGUUUCGAGCUUUAUGCAGGGCCUUGAAACGACAAUCUACAUCCGCGGGUCCGAUGCACCAUCACUCAAUACCCCAGCAUGGAUUGUCGAUCUACUGCGCAGCGUGACUGUGCCUCUUCCAUUUACAGGACAUGCGUUGGACAACCUCGUGAAGAACUUCACGAUGUCCGAUACACAUUUCUCCCUUCCUAACCCUUUCGCGGAGCCAGAUGCUCCAGACUCGCAACCCACAGUGUCUGCUCUAGUGAAGGUCCUCAUUGCUCUGCCAGAGGAGAUGAAUUUCCAAGUAGAAGUCCCGCAGGUUCGUGCCCUUGCAGACGUCUCCUACAAGGAAGAGAAGUUUGGUGUGUUGAACAUUAGCCACUGGCAAGACGCCAACUCCACCUUAGUGGAUGAUCAAAAUGGCUCUUCUGCACUCCUUGUGGAGUUCGCAAUCAAGGAUGCACCAUUAGAAGUCACAGAUGAUGGGCUUUUGACAGAGGUCAUCCAAGCAAUGCUUUUCGGUAGCGAAACAGUGUUGCUGCGGGUUGCUGCCACCGUAGACACCAAGGUCUCAACUGGGUUGGGCAGUUUCGCCUUGCGAGGGAUUCCUGCAGAAGGGAAGGUGCCUGUGAAGAGAAACACGACCGAAUCUUCGAUGUUGGUGUCUACGCUGGCGAACUUUACUAAUCCAACAAAUUACUCGGCUACAGUUCCUUUCGUUGACCUCCUGAUACUCUACAACGACACUGCUGUGGCCCACAUGACCGCUCAGAAUAUCUCGGUUGGGCCCGGAAACAACAGUUACAUACCCAUCGACUUCUCUUGGUGCCCGUUGGACGCAGCUGGAGUAGAUGGGGUUGAAGCCGGUCGGGCGUUGCUUUCAUCCUAUAUAUCAGGCUUCAAUACAACGAUCACCAUCAAAAGCCAUCGAAACACGAUUCCAUCUCUACCAGAUCUGGGCGAAGCAUUAUCUGUCCUCAACAUCACUGUUCCAGUCCCUCGCAUAUCUGUUCCGGGUUCCCCAGACGACGAUGAUAAGGACACAAAGCCCCAUUUUAUCCAAGAUGCAACGUUCUACCUCUGGACCUCCACAGCAGAAUUCACCCUCUCCUCACCCCUAACGGAGAACAAUAUCCUAAUCACCUCAAUCGACGCAACGGCUUUCUAUGAGAAAAACGAGCCAAUCGGCCGAAUCAAUAACCGUGAACCCUUUGAAGUGCCGCCUGGUAUAUCCAAGAGCCCACGUUUGCCAGUCGAUCUUGACAUGGGUGGGGUUGGAUACGACGCUCUGCGCAAGGCACUCGGUCAGUCGUUGGAGAUGGAUGCUGUCGCUAAGGUUGGAGUGAUGAUUGGGAACUACAUGGAUGUCGUUCUCUACCGUGGAAAGGGCAUUGCAGCUAAAGUGAGGAUUUAG